AGGGUUGGGCAGUCAACCAAGGUCCUUGGAAAGCACAACAAAGCACUUGUUCACAGACACAGAACCGUCUCUGCGCGUGGGACGGGACGAAAGAGAGAGCCACCACAACUAAAGCAGGUCACUAAUAAACAGGUUCAUUUCGUUGCUGAGUUUAUUUCAACCUCUCUGGUCUACAUCUUCACGGAUACAAAGUAAACUCGCAAAACGACGGCGUUUUCGGUACUGCGUUAAGCGCCAACAACCGUCAGUUUUUUUCUUUUAAUUUCAGGUCCCUGCCAAUCUUUGAGAGAUGUUUGAGAAGCAGCGUUACGACAGCCCUCCCGUCUACAGUCCUCCAUACAGCCCGGAAUCCAAUGGCUACGGCCCCCCACAAAGCUACCACCCGCCCAGGAGUGAGUUUGACCCAUACCCACCCCCACCGGGCUCCUACUACAUGGAAGAGAAGCCCCAACACUUCUACAAGUGGAUCUCUCCUCCUGGCAUCGUCAAGGCCAUGUUUGGCACAAUCAUAGUGCUCUGUGUGGGGAUCUUUGCCUGUGUGGCCUCCACCCUUGUCUGGGACAUGCAGUACGGGAUGGGGGGGAUGGGCUCCUACGGCGGAGGGAUGGGCUACGGUGGCGGUUAUGGGGGAAUGGGAGGCGGCUAUGGCUCCAGCUAUGGCUCUGGCUAUGGAGGAGGCUAUGGAGGAGGCUAUGGUAACUAUGGUAGCUCCUAUCCGACACCUUACUCGGCCAAAACAACCAUGAUAGCUAUGGCGGCCAUCAACUUCUUUGUGGCGCUGGGAUUCUUCGUGGCCAGUUUCUCUAAAUCGACCACGUUCAGGAGCAGGAAGUUCUUCCUGGUGGUUCUGGUGGUCAGUGUCAUCAUGGCUGUCAUCCAGGGUAUCAUCACCAUUGUGUACGUCGUAGGGGUUAACCCUAUGGCACAGAGCUCUCAGAACAUGAUGUACAACCCUAUGCUGAUGAUGUGCCAGAACCUGUACGGAAGCAGCUAUUCUAAUAUGGGUGGAGUGGGUGGUUUCGGCAUGUAUAACCAGUACCUCUAUCACUACUGCUACGUGGACCCACAAGAGGGUGUAGCCAUGGUGUGUGGCUUCCUGGUUACCGCUGCCUUGGUCGUGGCUGCUUUCUUCUCCCACAAAACCAGAGGCAAGAUCUGGCGCUACGGCAAGCCAAACAUCUACUGGGAACAGCCCCCUGAGACUGGAGGACUAGUUUCUGAAGGCAGAGAUGUGAAGGACUGGGUGAACAAUGUAGAGGACGGACAAAGUACUCAGGGUGCACCUACCGUGGUGCUGUCAGAGAAGUCCGUCCCCCUCAACGCCUCAGCCAAUAGCAUCAUCUCCUACCCGACCAAGGCUGACAGCAGGGUGUACACUGGAGACGCCUACAAUGAUGACGUGUAUUCAGAGCAUCGGUCUAUCCUUCCCUCGGACCAGCCCUCCCAGGGGGCAAGUUCCAGCCCCUCUGAGGAGGCAGGUGGGGUCAGGAAGCCCUCUGCCAACAGGGGGAAGAGGCGCCGGCGCAACCCUGAGCUGGAUGAAUCACAGUACGAAACAGAGUACACCACUGGAGGAGAGACUGGCAACGAACUGGACCCAGAGGAGUGGGAGAGCGUCUACCCAGAGAUAACGUCAGACGGCCAGCGUCAGGAGUACAAGAGGGAGUUUGAUGCCGACCUGAGGGAGUACAAACAUCUGUGUGCUGAGAUGGAUGACAUCAGUGACCAGAUGAACAAACUCAGCAGGCAGCUGGACACACUGGACGAGACCUCCGCCCAGUACCAGGUUAUGGCAGAGGAAUAUAAUCGACUGAAAGACCUUAAGAGGACACCAGACUACCAGGCUAAGAAGCUGGAGUGUCGCAAGUUGAGACACAAACUGUUCCAUAUCAAACGUGUGGUCAAGGCCUACGACAAGAGCCUUUCUUAAAGCCAAGCUCUCCCUCCAACCCUAUCCACCCCCUCUGUCGUCAUGACAACACCACACUCCUGGACUAAGAAUAUGCAGAACACUAAGAAUAUGCAAAACACUAAGAUUAUGUAGAAUGUUGAAAACCAAAGCUCCCUUCUUGGCAUUCACACACACGCACACACACACACAUUCAUGACAUGGUUAUGUGAUUCCUUCUGCCUCGAUUAAUUUCAGACCAGUUCUCUUCUCUAUGUGGAUUGCUUCACAGACACUAUCGUACACUGUGGGGUUGAAAGACUAUAUUCAUAAUACUUCACACGUAACACACAGCCCACUAGCACUGCCAUAUUCCUAACUGUGCCUAGUAAGUAACAUUGUUGUACAUGCUUGCCUUGAAACACAGCAGUCUAUUUGACUGAAUGGGUGUGGUUAUAAAAGGUUACUUCAAUGUCGUUUCACCUGAGGUCGUCUGUGAUAGAGGCAUUGGGCCUUUUGCUGGUUCCUGUUUGCAUUGUUUUAUCUCCACAGAUAAGGCAGUAUCGUAGAAAAGGUCGAGUCACAUUGCUGAGUAUGCAUCAAUCCUACUAGAACAAACCCGUGCUGUGUGCUUCAAGCACUCCACAAAAGAAAGCUAAAAUCCCCUCUGUUUUCUCUUAAAAAGGACUGAAUUCCACCAAAUAUUAUGAUAGUUGGAGGACCUGCAGUAUGUGAACACUCUCUGAGCUGCCGUAAAUUCAUCCUGGUUAUCUACCCGGAUUUCAGAGCACUCUAGUCUUUGUGUCAGAGCGCAAAUAACUGACAUCAGAUGAACAUGACUGGUGUCAGUUAACGUCGGUAAAAAAGAAGGGAAAAUGUGUAAUUAAAUUGUUGCCAGCAGCACAGUUACAGUCACCAACGCACCAGGGUAACAUGAAAACAGCAUAACCAGCUCUGUCAGGGCGAGUCAAGUGGUCAGAGGGAGGUGUUCUAGCGUUUGUGUCUGGAAGUAGCUAGCAAGCUAGGCAACGUUAGUUUGGGAGCUUGACUGCCAUUGGGAGGUCAGAACGCACGGAACAACCGUAGUCCUCGGGCCACAGCGUCCAGUGCGCUUCUCUGAACGCUCGGACGAGAGCGAAACGCUCUGAAUGUACGAACUGACAACACCACACUCUGAACGUACUCGGCCAUUACAGAUUGAAUUUACAAACUGACACUCUGACAACACCGCACUCUAAAUUUACUCGGGCAUUACAGAUUGAAUUUAGGAACUGACACUCUGACAACACCACACUCUGAACGUACUCGGCCAUUACAGAUUGUAUUUACGAACUGACACUGACAACACCACACUCUGAACAUACUCGGCCAUUACAGAUUGUAUUUACGAACUGACACUGACAACACCACACUCUGAACAUACUCGGCCAUUACAGAUUGUAUUUACGAACUGACACUGACAACACCACACUCUGAACAUACUCGGCCAUUACAGAUUGUAUUUACGAACUGACACUCUGACAACACCACACUCUGAACGUACUCGGCCAUUACAGAUUGUAUUUACGAACUGACACUCUGUUGUGUAUUGCCAUGACAACCUCAAUGUGGUGUUUGAGAAAAGUCGGGCUAUGUUUGCAACAUUGUCAGUGAAAUUACUAUUGUACCGUGUCUGCAGAUAAUUUCCAAUAUCACCAUCUAGACUUCUUCUAAAUCUGUUGUCCAUUGUGAUUAACUGUAUAUUUUGUAUAUAUUUUGGAGUUAAACAGGAUUUAAAUGGUAUUUACUAAUAACACAGGAUCAAGAGGAACAAAACGUUUUUGUAUUUGUCCUAUGCAUUCUUCAUGUUAGGAGCCGUCUGUAUGAAUUCCUGCCAUGUUCACGCGCCAGUCAGAACUAGGAAACGCUGACAUUUCCCACUCGUUAUCUGGUUUGAACGCAGCACGUCUGUAACUUCAAACAGUUAGCAAGUCGGACAUUUCUGAGUUUCCUAGUUCUGAUUAGUACAUGAACGCGGCAAUAUAGUGACAUUUUGGUCAUUGUGUACUUACUGAAGAGACAAAUGAACUGUUGUCCAGGGUGUUUUCUCAGUGGUCAUUCACAAUGCACUGAUGCUAUGCACAUAUUAAUUAACCAAUGACAGGGGCAGUAUUUUAUGAACAAUGUUUGUCUCAUCAUGUGCUCUUUAAACACUGUGGGAAGCAUGCAUCAAUGUGGUAAAUGUAUCAAUAAGCUCAACUCGGUUUUGAUUGGAUUUUUCUGCUGUGAUAUAAUGAUUACCUGUUGAUUUAUUAUGUGUUGUUGUCCCUGCUCUGCUAAUACACACCUUCUGCAAGGUAAUGCUUCUCAAUGUCAGUUAGAAAAUUAUUUACAGCUAUUUGGAUUAUUUGUCAUUCAUUUGUAUUUUCUAUGUUUGAAUUGAUGAGUUUUAUGGAGAACAGAUUUUUGUCUCCCCCCCCCCUCAUUUAUGAGUCUUAUUUUUAUAUGAAUGUAUUUCCUUUCAUGUUACUGUAAAAUCUCUUGUAAAAAGGCAUAAUUUCUAAAACGUGUUGGUUUUCAUGAAAAAAAAUAAACUUCUGUAAUUCUUUAACAACGGUAAUGUAACAAA